AUGGAUUAUGCUGUAUUGAGCGACCGGCAGCGGUCGGAGCUCAACAAAGCUGUGAUUCAGUACCUGGACGGAAUUGUUAGCGAUUCAGCGGUUGUCAGCGAGCUCCGCUCAAGACUAGGUGUUCCGGCACAUAAUGAUCCAGAUACUAUACCUAAUAAUUACCUGGAGAAGAAAUGGGCCACCGUUGUUCGACUUCAGAAGCGAAUAUACGAUCUGGAAAAGGAGAUCGGCGAGUACAAGGAGCUUGUGGAUAAUUACUCAGAAUUACUGGAAGCAGCUGGCGGCAUGGACAUUAGAAGAGAUAAGCUGGAAUGGAUACCUAGCAGGGUGAAAGCGGUCUUAAAAUUGCACAAGGGUUCCGUCACUUGUGUCUCGAUACACCCUUUUGAGCCGGUGAUGGCUACAGGCUCUCAAGACGGAACAAUUGCGUUCUGGAACAUGCUCGAUCUGACCGAGCCUGAACGUGUGAUCAGGAAUGCUCAUACCCGGACAAUCAAUGCACUGGAGUUUCAAAGCAGCGAAAAUACGGUGGACUCGACCAAAAUGGUCCUUCUUGCAUCCUGUUCGUCAGAUCUUCUCAUCAAGUUAUGGGACAGCAAGACAGGUCAAUUGGUACGGGUGCUCACAGGCCAUGACCACUUGGUUUCUGGGCUGAAGUUUAAUCCGGCAGAUGAAACACAGCUGGUCAGCUGCUCGAGAGACAAGUCGGUGAAAAUCUGGGAUCUCGUUUCCGGCUGGUGUCUGCGAACUAUAAGGGGGCAUUCCGACUGGGUCAGGAAGGUUGAUGUGAGCUCAAAUGGAGAGUAUAUUUUGAGCUGUUCGAACGACCAAUCUGUGAGGCUUACCCAUUUUGCUACUGGAGCAGGUAUUUCCCUAUGUCUGGGCAGUGAGCAGGUUAUUGAGGAUUCGGUAUUUUUGCCAGCGGAAGCCAACGAGUAUAUUGAUCCUUUGGUGGACAUUAAUGACGAGACAUACGACAUCCUGGGAUAUAAAUAUUGUGUCAGUGGAGGACGAGACUGCAUGUUGCGCAUCUGGAAGCUCAGCGUUCCGGAUUUGACCAAUCCAGAACGACCUUGUCCGUCCUCUAACCCCAAAGCUGUGCUUCUUCAUGAAUUCAAAGCACAUAGCUCCUGGAUACGAUGUUUUUCCAUGCAUCCUAACGGUUACUAUCUUGCAUCGUGCGGGGACGACAAGCUCAUCAAAGUAUGGGAUCUCCGUACAUUGGCGUCAACAGGGCAACUGGGCCAUGUCGCGCAACUGCGCGGCCACGAGAAUUUCGUGAACGUCAUCGCAUUUGCUGCUCCAGUGGUAUCCGAAACUUCAACAACAAACGACAAAGCCAAGAACAGAAAGCUACUCGAAGGUGGCAUCCGCUGCUAUCUUGUGAGUGGGUCGGCAGACAACACAGCCAGAGUAUGGAUAUGA